AACCCUGUUGACGUGUCCCCAUGGCAACCCUGUUGACGUGUCCCCAUGGCAACAGUGCACCUCUGGGACUUCCUCCGCUCCUGGUAGUUUAUCAGCCGUUAUUAUUAGCGAGCUAAAGAGUCCUAGUAUCACCUACUAACAUGUCCGUUAUUACUAUUAGGUAGUAUAACGUUAUAUAGUCUGAGUUGAACUUAUAAGAAAGAAGAUGUCGGAUAUAUUGUGCAGGUGGCUGAACGAGGAGCUCCGGCUGUCUAAAGCUGUUGACCCACAGACCCUUGCCAAGGAUUUCUCCAGUGGUUACCUGAUUGGGGAGGUUCUGCAUAAAUAUCAGCUGCAGAAUGAUUUCAGUCUGUUUAUGAAGAACGACAACUCCAUCUCCAGACUGAAUAACUUUACCCGUGUUGAGCCUACUCUCCAGUUACUGGGGAUCUCUUUCGACAUAAACACAGCCCAGGAUCUGAUGCAGGAGAAGCAGGGUGUUGCCACACGCCUCCUUUACCAACUCUACGUCUCGCUUGAAAAGAAGAAGAAAGCAGAAAUCAGUGGCACAUUGAUGGAAAUCAUGCAGCCUGCAGCCAAUGCUGGCCUGCACAAGAAGGGGCAUGAGAUCUACACUGUUCGACUGCAUCAAGUGGUAAAACGUGAUGCAAAGUUGAAGCUACAGAAAAUUUCUCAGCACUAUGAGGAGAAAUGCCUGCAGCUGAACGACAGGUUUGUGAUGACCCAUCCCAUCCAUCAAAAAAGACAACUCCAGGAAGUCCAGGAUGAGAAGAGAAUGAAGAAUAUUGAGAAGCUGCGGGUGUGUCGUCAGUCCACCACUGUCCAGGUGCCCAAGCCACCUCCCUACACUUCACAGCUCAACCUAAAGAGGAGACAACAGCAGCAGCAACGCAGAGAACAACAAGUGCAGACAGUCCAGACUGAAAUAGCCCAGUUUGAGAUAAGGAAGAAACAGGUUACUUCUGGUUUUGCUUCCUCUUCAAGUGAUCAGUCCUUCCCUGGAGAUGUUCUCAGUGGUGGCAGCAGCCAGGGUUGUGAGGUCCUUGGAAGUGGAACUAAGCUGACAUUACAAUCUAACAGCAAGUAUAUACAGGAUAUCCGACAGAGGCUGGAGGAGAAUGCAGUAGCUCGCGAGCAGAGGGAGAAAAGACGAGACCGAUUCCUGGUGGAGCAGCUCAAGGCCCAUGAGGCUCAAGAGGAGGCACAGCGAGAGGAGCAGCUGGUGAAGCGUCUGACACGUCAGACUCAGCAGGAGCAGCGUUUGGCAACUCAGCUUCUCCAGAUACGCAUGCAGAAGGAUGUGAUCCGGCAGAACCGCCUGUACAGAGAGCAGCAGUACCAGCAGCGGAGAGAGAAGGACUUCCAGGAAGCUCUGGAGAGGGAGGCGGCUUUGGCUCAGCAGGCUAAGUUGGACCGUGCCGAAGAGAUGAGAAAGGAGCUUAAAUUCUGUAACAGGAUUGCUGCUGAGCGAGCUAAGAGCAGAUACAAGAAGCACUUUAAGAGCUGCAAGAACAUUUUGGAGCAGAUAGUGGACUUGGCCACCAAAGUUGGAGAAUAUCGACUGCUCACUGGGAAUCUGAUUCCAAAGAAGCAGAUGAGAGAGUGGAAGGAAUUGCUGUUCAGUGGUCUGCCUCUCUAUGAGCCGAUAAAGGGCCAGCAGCCAGGGUUUGAGUUCUCUGCCCCACUAGACCCUGUAGAGCUUGAGAAGCAGGAGAUACUCAAAAACCAGGACUAUGAUGAAUACACUAGCAUGGUAGGUGAGUGGGCAUGGCCAGAAGAAGCAGGGGAGACCAAACUACCCCUGACCAACAACAACAUUCUUGGACAUGUUGUCCGGCGACUGAGGGACAUUACUCAUCAACCCAUCAUGGAACCCUCCUCACCUUCAUUUCCUGACUUUACCUUCAAGGCCUGUGUCCUGGGCAAGUUUUGCUCCGGCAAGACCACCUGCCUGGCCAAGCUUGCUGAAGCCCAUGGCAUCUAUAUCUUAUCAGCUGACACACUGAUUGAGGAGGCACUGAAUGCUUACCGGAAUGGAGAGGAGGUCACAGAUCAGCAGGGAGAGAAAGACAACGAGCAACUGUUCACAUCCUCCAUUGAUCUUGACACUCAAGAGGAAAAUAGACACAGCAACGUAAGACGGUCUAUGCGGGCCAUGCAGGGAGCAGCUGCAGAAAAAGAGCUAAGGAAAGGCAACGCCAUCCCUAAUGAGCUUUUAGUGGACAUCGUAGUAGAGGCUAUCAGGCAGAUUCCAGCUCAGUCAGGUUGGAUCCUGGAUGGCUUUCCAGUGGACAUCACCCAGGCCCACCUGCUAGAGAAAGCCCUAGGUGGGUCUGUAGAUGAAGGGAAUGGUGCUGUAAGCAGCAGGACCAACCUAGCUGCUGAUCCUAACCCACCCACACCUCCACCACCCCCACUUCCUGUACUGGAGCUGGCUCUGCUGCUGGAUAUCCCCGAUGAGUGUGUGACCAAACGUCCGUACAGUCAGAUGGAUACAUAUAGUGCUGCUGCUACAACCUCCCACACAACAUACAAGAACUUGUAUCUGGCGCAGAUUCAACACAGAAUCACAGCUUUUCAUGACACCUGGCCAAAACUAGAGAAAUGGUUUGGUGGAAAGCAAAACAUUUUGGUCCGCAUUGAUGCAGAUGUAGAUGAGGAGGAGCUCAACAAAAGGGUGGAGUCUGUCCUGGAGCACGUUAUGAUGCAAGCUAUGAUGCCACCACAGGAAGCUCCUGCCACUCUUUCUGGUGAAGAUGUAGUGUUGGACAGUGGGAAAGCUCCUUACUCCUCCUCAUCAGCUAUACCUCGCCCUGUAGACCAACCUCAGGGUCUCACAAACGAAGCCCCAACUGAUAAUGACUUAGUGGACGGUAACUGUAGGAAGGUGUCAACUUGCCCAGUGACCAAUGAGGACUCUCAGGGAGACCUUGCCUCUCCCUUCCCAGGUUCAUCCAGCUGGGUCUAUGUGGCGAAAUCCCUUCCUCCAGAGAUCCCAGAGUACCUGCGCCCCCGUUGGGACGCAGUGUGUGAUUCUUAUGUGAACAACAUAAAGACAGUGAUGCAGCAGCUGCGCUCACAAUGCACUGUUAUUAACCAUCACCUAUUCAACAUCAGAGAGGAGUACAAGCAUUACCUGGGGCGUCCAGACUUGAAGCAGGAGUUAGUGUCUCAUUGGCAGAAGGACUUCAACAGCAUACCUGAUGAUAUGAGAGAAGACAAGGAGACCAAAGCAGAGCUAUAUCUGAGACUAGAUGAACUGCGUGAACGUUUGUGGGACAUUAGUGACAAGCGUAAGGAGGAGGACGAGAAAGAGAAGGCUGCUCUCAUGGGUGACGGCUGGUUGGAAGAACAGACUGCCGUCCUCGUCAACCACCACUCUGUACUCGUGCAGGUAGAGUUGGACCGAUUCCAGGACACACUCUGUAUUCUUUGUGUCUACUAUUCGAGCAUGUACAGACUGCCUGAGCUACCCUCCACGUUGGUUUGUAUCCCCCUACUGGGCACCCUAGAAAUUAAGGAUCAGGACGAGAGUACUGAGCCAGCGAGCCAAAGUGUGUCUAGUCAGAUGGAUGACGGAGAGGACAAGAAGAAAAGUAAAAUACGUGCUGACUCCAAGGCGAAAAUCCUGCUUCAGACAGAACCUGUCAAGACCGAACCGUUACCCCAUGAGAAACUGAUCUCCGACUAUGAGGAGGCACUCACAGCCAUCAGCAAAUUGUUAGAAGAAGCCCACCGGGGGGAGAGGAAAGACCAGAAGGAGAGACUACAAGAGAAGGAGAGGGCAAAGGCCUCUGCAAGUCCAAACAAAAAGGAAAAAGGGAAACAGUCAGCAAAAAAACAGAGAGGCGCACCAACCCCACCUACGGAACCCAGCCCUGCACCAGCUUAUGAUGAAAACUCAGAAGUCAGAAACAAAAUACAUAAAGAAUGUGCAGCCGCACUGGAUCACGAGGAGAAUGCAACAAAGGUGCGCAUUGCGCUGGUGAAAGGUCAUGGUUUGGUGAUGGUGCACUCCCUGCAAAGCAGAGCAGAACAGACAUUAAGCAGCAUGGAGAAGUGGUUAACAGCUCACUAUCUUGCAGAAAUGAAAAGUAUUGACCAACUGUCAGAAGUGGUUCGCCACCACAUAGAGGCUGGUGCUAAGUUGCAGAAUGAGCUGGUGUUGGAUUGCACUGACUUUUACCUGAAUGUAGACUGCCUCAUGGUGGCUCUCCCGGCUCCCCCUCCCCGUCCGCCUCCUCUGGAGAAACCCACACGGUCCACCCCGACCAUCACUCAGCUAGAGUCUUUCCACCAACAGCUAUGCAAUGUUGCUCCAUCAGGCUUCAUGUCCAGUUCUGAGUUCUCCAGUUUGCUCAGUGAUAUCAUCUCUGUUAACAUGGGCAGAAACACCUUGCCCGAGCCCUGGAUCAACAAGAAUGAAACACAGUUGAUGGAGAUUGUAUCUCUCCUAACUGACGACUACGGGCUGAUAGAUUGGCGUCGGUUUCUGCUCAGUGCUGCCCUCCCUUGGCCAGCUCCCUCAUUAUCACAGCUGCUGGUCGUGCUACAACUUUUCAAGGAAGCAGAUACUGGCCACACGGGCUACAUAAAGGAGGAACAGUACCUACAGACAGAGUUGUGGUUUUCCAAUGAGAGUGUCCAGCCCGUCCCAGAGGACCCCCUUGAGCCUCUACCUUAUGACCGUCUGGCUAACCUACGCAAGUUCUUUUUCCAGUUGUUUGCGGACCACUCUUUCUCUCCCCCUCAACUGGACUAUGUGUCCAUGCUGAAGUACUUUGCAGCCGACCCCAACUCCAGACAGGGCUUCAUCAGAGCGCUUAGCGUCGUGCUGGGACAACAUCUCAAGCACUCCUUACCGGCCCAUCUUGUCAAGUCUAUGCCCAGUAUAGACGAGGCUACGGAGCUCAGCUCCUCAGAACUUGAUGGAGACUACAAGGAAGAAGAGACUCCGUGUGCGUCAAGCGGUUCAUUGGGUGAGCCGGAAGUGUCCAUCCCUGCUCUCCUUGCUGUCAUCUGCCACAAAGUCAACCCCCUUCCUCUAGGCUGCCUGAGUCAGGAGGAGCACACUGAGCAACUGGUGCAGAUAUUCAGAGAGCUGGGUUACAAGCCAGAGGACCGUGUCCCCUUCUCAGUCCUCUCUCAGCAUCUUUUCAUCCAGGGCCUGAUGGAGACUUCAACACACCACCAGCUUGUAAACAUUCAUAACAUGCUACUGGCCCAACACGAUGGAGGAGAGGCUACCACCUUGACAGUUUCCUAAAGGAUCAGACAUAUACAGUGCAUAUAAACACUGCUGUCUGCAUCACAAAGAACUCUUUCACUUAUGAAAUGCAGAAGAUGUUGCUUUGGCCAUUUUGAAGUAUUCUCAUUACUUUUACGUUUGAAAUGUUUGCUGACAUGUAUUGCUCACUUCAGUAUUGAAUACAUACAUUUGCAUCCAUAACUUAUGUCAGUACGUUGAAAAGUCUAUUACUGAUGACGGUUGGAAUGAUAACAUAAUUGAAAUGACAACAAUAACAUCAAUGAUGGCAGGAU